AUGGCGCGCGCCGGACGAUACGAAGCGCACUGGUGCUGGGCGCUGGCGUUGCUCGGGCUGGCAGCGGCGACUCUGGGCGCGUCCUCUACGUCCGGGCGCAGGUGGCCGGUGCCCUACAAGCGCUUCUCUUUCCGUCCAGAGCCAGAUCCAUACUGUCAAGCUAAGUAUACCUUCUGCCCUACUGGCUCACCCAUCCCGGUUAUGAAGGACAAUGACGUCAUCGAAGUCUUAAGACUACAAGCUCCUGUUUGGGAAUUUAAAUAUGGAGACCUCCUGGGCCACUUUAAAAUCAUGCACGAUGCCAUCGGGUUCAGGAGUAAACUGACUGGCAAGAACUACACAAUGGAAUGGUAUGAGCUUUUCCAGCUUGGCAACUGUACAUUUCCCCACCUUCGACCAGAAAUGGAUGCUCCAUUCUGGUGUAACCAGGGCGCAGCCUGCUUUUUUGAAGGAAUUGAUGAUAAACACUGGAAGGAAAAUGGGACAUUAGCUGUAGUUGCGACCAUAUCUGGAAAGACAUUUAACAAAAUGGCACACUGGGUGAAACAGGACAAUGAAACAGGCAUAUAUUAUGAGACAUGGACGGUCCAGGCCAGCCCCGGAAAAGGGGUGGAGACAUGGUUUGAAUCCUACGACUGUUCAAGUUUUGUCUUAAGGACGUAUGAGAAAUUGGCCGAAUUUGGAACAGAAUUCAAGAAGAUAGAAACAAACUAUACAAGAAUAUUUCUUUACAGUGGAGAACCUACUUACUUGGGAAAUGAAACAUCUAUUUUUGGGCCAGAAGGAAACAAGACUCUUGCUUUGGUCAUAAAAAAAUUCUAUGACCCCUUCAAACCAUUUUUGUCAACUAAAGAAUUUAUGUUGCAUCUCUUGAAAAUUUUUGAUUCAGUGGUUAUACACAGACAGUUCUACUUGUUUUAUAACUUUGAGUAUUGGUUCCUACCUAUGAAAUCCCCCUUUGUCAAAAUAACAUACGAGGAAAUCCCUUUACCUACCAGACCUACACCACUUACUGACCUGUAACAACUUUCAGUCCGACCU